UCCCCUCCAAAAAAAAAAAAAAAAACGUUUCGUGUUUUGGUCACUGGGUCCAAAUGCUAACGUUGGCACGUUUCUCGUGGCAGCAAACUUGUAAUCAGUGGAUCCUCGGGGCCGAUCAGGCAGAAUGCCCAAGAAAAAGAAAAACGGACAGAGUGCAGUAGCGGGCCAGUGUGGAGAACAUGUCAGCGCUCAGUAUAAUUCCGGGAUGGCCGCAGUAAGCCGCGAUCUCUCGGGACCUGCUAUGUCCGAUCUGAGUUUGCAGAGCAAGGACGAGAUCGUGAAGAGCAUGCACGACAUGUUUUCACACUUGGAUCCUGAUGUCAUUUAUAUCGUGCUUUCCGAGGCUGAUUUUAAAGUGGACAAUGCCAUGGAUGCUCUUUUAGAGUUGUCUGGUGCUGCUGAGGGAAAGACCACAACCUCUUUUUCACUCUCAGGUUUUGAGAUGGCUGCUGCUUUGCUGGAACCUCAUCCAUCUUACUCUAAACCAUUCACAAUAAGACCAGCCAACUCAGAAACGUCUAAUUACGAAGAAGCUCGCCAGUUCAGCCCCAAAACAACUCACCCAGCUGAAGAGUUGGAUUCUCUUAUUGAUCAGGAACUGGAAUCUUUAACAAUGGGUCAACCUUCACUAUCCUUCACUAGUCCUACCAUCUUGCCCCAAACAUCUCAGUCAGUUCCCCUUUCCUCUGGCGCUCCAUCAAGUCCCCUUCUAGUUGAGGAAGCUUUGCUGAACCUAGACCAGCUAGAUGUGGAACCCAAUCCCAAAUUAGGGUCCCUAAGUGAGCAAAGUUCCAAGAUUGGUGCUGCUCAAAGAAAAGCUUCACCAAUAAAUGAGCUCAGUUUGGGAGGUGCACCUUUACCCCAGGAGAGUGGCAUCUCAGUUGAUUUCAGUCACUUAACACAUGAUCCCACCUCAAGACCUUCAGCAUUUAAGGCCUACCGCACACCUGACCAGUUUCCAAAGCAAACACCAGCACCGGUCACACACCCUCAAAGUCUGAACACUAUGUGGAAUCUUCAGGCUUCAGAGUUCAAACCCUUUAUGGACACACCAACUUUUAUCACACCUCUUGUAAGAGCCCCUUACCCCUGGGCACCAAAUCCCACUCCCCUCUCCCACUGGAUGACAUCCAGACCACCUCUGAAACCCUCGGCUACCGUUCCCAAGUCAUGGAUUCUUUCUUCUCAGAGUGGAUUAAAAUUGACUGGGCAGGUCCUGGUGCUGCUCAGAGGGGCUCCAGGAUCAGGCAAAACUACACUUGCUAGGUCAAUGUUGGAACAAAACCCAGGUGGAGUAGUCUUAAGUACUGAUGAGUACUUCACCCAAAGCGGAUCGUACCAUUAUGAGCCACACUUACUUGGAGAGGCUCAUGCUUGGAACCAUCGAAGAGCAAAAGAAGCUUUUGAGAACGGAAUUGCUCCUAUAAUUAUAGACAACACAAAUUUGCAGUGCUGGGAGAUGAAGCCCUAUGUUGCACUGGCACAAAAGCACAAAUACAAAGUGCUGUUUCGUGAGCCCAACACUUGGUGGAAAAGCAAACCUCGAGAACUGGAGAAACGUACUAAACAUGGAGUAACAAAGGAAAAGAUUCGGCGCAUGCUGGAAAACCAGGAUUGUUAUGUAACUGUCCAGACUAUAAUGUGUUCACAGCCCAAACCCACUGCGGUCUAUGGUGUGGAUGUGUGUCAGCCAAACCCAACAGAGCAGCCUUUCACAAACUGCCCUGACCUAGUGGGUGACUCUGGGUUUCGUAAACCUGGUAGCUAUCUCUCCUCUUCUCUGCCUGAUGUUUCAUCUGUCGAGUGUAGUUCUGCUUCAGCAAGCAUGGGUACAGAAAGCAAUUUUGGAUCUCAUGGUUCUAAAGAAUACAUGUCCUCCAAGGAAAAUGUUGAAGAACUUCCUGAAACACCAGAGGCUGAGCUCCUAGAUGGAGCAGACUUAGACCGGGAACUGGAUGCCUUUAUGGCAGUUUCUGGGCUGAAUGAAUGUAACGUUAGUAAUGAUGUUGGCUUGUUGGAAGCGAAGACCUCGGAACAGCCUGUGAUGUUUGGCGAGUCUAUUGGCCAGCGGGUAAAGAGAACGCGGGAGCAAAGCAGGACUGCAUUUAGAGAUGCGAGCACUCUGAACUGUGACUUUAGUGAUUCUGUAAGGAAAACAAGCCAGGAUAAUUCUGUGGAUGGGAACAAUGGGGAUGCUGUUAGUUUAAAUAAAGAAGAGCUCGAGUUCGUGGGGGAUUGGCCCUCCGAAACCCUUGAACAGCGCGCACAACGGAGUCGGAAGUCAGCUUCUCAGACAGUACAAAACCCAAAUCAGGAACUGCCAUACUUUAAAGAAGACACAUCUAAAUCUCACACCCCAAAUCAUCACGAGUUCCAGAAGCUUCUGGAGCUUCUCCAAGGAGACAAUAACCACAUUACCCAAGAAACAACUCAGGACGUCCAACCAAACUUGGCGACUGAGGCCCAGCCAGUACUCCCAGAUUGUGUCCUUGACUGGAAGUCUGAAAGAUCCAGUGAUCCAGAACAAUGCAGCUCUCAUACUCCAAGCCCCAUCACAAAACUACAUGAGUCUCCAAUUGGCAAAAAUGAGGCAUGUACAGAUGUACAUACUCCAGCAAAUAGUGUAAGGGGUUUGGACCCGGGUUCAGAACAGAAAGAUAAACCAAACUGUAGCGCUCUAAGCUCAGGAGGUGAAGUGGAGUAUAGUUCUGAAUCUAGCCAGGAGAGGAGGAAAGUUCCCAGUCGGAGGUCAGGAAAAUACUGUAAACUGGCACUUACAUUCACGCAUCAAAGCCCUUUAUCUUGUCCUAAUGCUGGGUCUCCAGUUACCUCACUGCAGCCGUCAGAGCUGAAUCCUUCACCGGAAAUUCUUUUCACAUGCCCCAGUGCUUUUGCCCAAACAGAACCUCAGGACUUUGCCCUACUUUGGCGAAUCGACCAGCAGAAAUGUUCUGAUCCAGAGUCAAGCAAUUCUACCAGAGGAAUAGUUAUUUUGAAGGGAAACGCCUCGCAUUUUGUUCCCGAAGUAAGUAAAUUUUCUGAGCAGCAGGUGAUCCCAUACCGUGUAUGUCAUGAGAAAGGUUCACAGGUAGAGGAGAAUGACCUGAGAGAAUUACCCGUAAAACUGCACAGUCUGGAAAUACUUAGCCGCCAUUUUAAACAUGUUGCCAAGGAGACUUUAGAGGACUUGUAUGAAAAGUGUAACCAGGAUAUGGAGUGGACCACCAAUGUGCUUCUUGAUUCUGGGGAGCACCUUUAUAGAGGUGAUGAAGAUGUUUUUGAUCGUAAAGAUGCAGAAGGAUGUGAUUUAGUUCGGAGUGAUAAAGAAGAUUCUUCUGAUUGUCAGGUGGCAGAGAAGUUGCUUGAGCCACAAGUAAACUACACAAGUGAAACAGCAAUGGAAGAGACUGGCUGUGUAAACCCUGGUAUUACAACACCAAAUACCACCAGCUUGAAUCAGCUCAAUGUUAAAGUGGAACCUGAGGACAGUAAUGACCAGCUCAUGACACCUUUAGAGCAUCAACCCGAACCACCAGAUAAAAGAUCCAGUAAAACACUUCAGUGUAUGCCUGGGGCUUCCAGUGUAACACCUCCCAGUGAACCAUCUGGGCAAAAUAAAGCUUUAAAUGAUCCUUUAAAGCCAGAGUUGGAAAGUGAAGUCUCCCAAAUUGAGGUUCUUGAUAUGUAUCUCACUGAAGGACUUGGGGAUGAGCUCGAAGAAGAAGACACUGAGAUAAAAGAACAAAUAAAUGCCAUAAUGCUUUCACAAAAAAUUGCCGAGAUGGAGCACGAAAGAAAGGAAAGAGAAAAAGAAAAAAGUCAGAGGAAAAAGAGGUCGAUGAACAUUCAGACACUGGAGCUGAAACUAUCCACAGAACUCGCCCUACAGCUCACUGAGCUGUUUGGACCUGUAGGCGUCUCUCCAGAUGAGUUUUUCCCAGAAAACUGCUCGGUGCUAAUGGACUUAAACCUAGCCAAACUCUUGCAUCAGAAAUGGAAAGAAACAAUUCAGGAGAAACACAGACAAGAAACUCUCUCAUAUCAUCUACUCCAAGAGAGCUCUGUACACUAUGGUGAGUCCCAGCCAGGCGUUUCUGGGUUAAGGGACUCGGCUGCUCAUCUCCUGAUUGGCACAGGUGACUAUUCAUCUCUUAGCAACCAAUCAGGUGACCAAGAAGACUUUCCUUUCAUGGACCACUGGAACAUUUCUCGCCAUCCAGUUUCUCUCCGGGACAUCAUGCUUGAAGAGCAGGUGUUGCAGGACAGUUUAGAAAAGUCUAGGUUAAGCCGUUGGGAUCAGGACAAGAAAGAUGGAGCAGCCAUAGUAAAGGAGAAACAGCUCUUUGCUCUCUUCCCCACCAUUGACAGACACUUCCUCAGAGACAUCUUCAGAGACUACAACUACUCUCUGGAGCAAACUGAGCAGUUUCUGCACACUCUGCUGGACAACGAACCUGUGAGAACUGUAGUAGCGUCUGAAUCUGUCUCCGAAACUAAGGAAAAGUGUAGAGCACCGAGCAAAGAGAGGAAACAGAAAAACGAGAUCGACUCGGCACAGUUCCAGGACAUAGAAGACCCAGAGUACGUGGACUUUCGCACCGAAGCGACGCUUCAGAGACACCGGCAGCAGGAGUGUUUAGAUAAAGCUGCCAAAGCCUACAGACAAGGAUGCAAGGACGUGGCCAGCUUUUACGCUCAACAGGGUCACCUACACGGGCAGAAGAUGAAAGAAGCGAAUCAUCGAGCGGCAAUGCAAAUAUUCGAGCGUGUUAACUCUACACUUCUGCCUCAGAACGUUCUGGAUCUGCAUGGGCUGCAUGUCAAUGAGGCCCUACAUCACUUGCAGCAGGUACUUGCUGAUAAAACCUCAGAAUGGCAGCAGGGCUUGUGUCGUCCUCAGCUGUCAGUCAUCACAGGUAGAGGCAACCACAGCCAAGGAGGUGUGGCUCGCAUCAGGCCUGCCGUUCUCGACUACCUCAGGAACCAACAUUACAAGUAUACGGAGCCUAAACUGGGUUUGGUGAUCGUCAUGUUGCAUUGAUUGAUGUUGCUGAUUAUGAACUGCUGGAACUUUUAUUUUUCCUACACAUUUAAUACUGCACACACUUUCAUGUUUUUUUUUUCUUUCAUUUCUCUAUCUGUCAAUACACACACACACACACACACCUCAAUCUUUCUAUCAAACUCUGUCUCACAUCAAACACAUUCUUUACUUUUCCUGGCAAAAUACAACACACAAUAUUCUUAUUGUUUCAUCUCAGAUAAAUAUUUAUGGACCAAUUAUUUAAGUCUUUUGUAGAGUUUACACUUUAGAAGGAUUUGAUUUGUGUGUGCAUUUGUGUUUGUGUUUUUUUUAUUAUGAUAAAUAACAGGUUCUAACAGGUUCGUUGUAAUUUUAGUGCGUUGCAGUGUUCGAUACCAGUUUUAGGGUUUUUUCUGAUAAAAAGAGUAAUUUUAUUGGAUUCUGAUUGGACAAUAAACUUGAACCCAGGCAUCUGUCCUUUAUAAAGCUGCCAGCGUUGCGCUGAAAAUAAUUAAAAACAUUUUUUUGUGAAAAACAAAUGUUUUUCUUUUCUUCCAAUGUUUUAUAUAUGUGGUAUCGAUAAACAUUGCAGCUGAUGUGGUUUUAUUAAAACUCUAGUUUUAUAUUUUGCUGCUGUUUGUAAUGAUACUUUCAGAUUUGUAUAUUUUGAAGAAUAAAAUGUUUUUUGUUUUGUG